UCAUUCAAGGCUAAUUUUUAAACUUAAAUGGAUAUUCUUUUCUUAAACUUCCCUAAAUGCAUCAGAUUUGUGGAUUUUUCAUCUACUGGACAAUAAAACUCAGACAGUUUUACACUGAAGAAUGAACUCAACCAGUCAGAGAGCCCCUAGCAACCACACACAACAUCCUAGCAACACUGUAAAUACUCUAAAAGCAGUCACAAACACAUUAGCAACCAAAUAGCAACAUUCUUGCAACCAUCCUAAUACCCUAGCAACUGCACCACAUUACAUUUAAAAAAAAAAAACUGACAUUUUCUUCAAGAAAUGUACAAAUCUAGUUCCUUUGCUCUUGCUGCGUGUUUUUAUUUUUAGAACGACCUACUGCAAUCAAACGGCUCUGUUGUGCAGGAUGCAUCAUAUAAUUCAGUGUAUGUUCUUUGAUCAGCCUUCAUUCAUAUGAAUGUGCUAAAGACACAACGAGGGAUCAGUUUAUCGGCGAGUGCAAUCGACUAUCAUUGUUUUCUUCCGAAACAGGCCAUGCAUCCCACCGGGAUGUAUUUUAGGGUUACAUGCAUUCAGGAGUUUCGAAGCGACGCAGUAUGCAGUGCUGUCAGGAGAGAAUGGUUUCUCCCAUCACCUGUGCUUCAAGUGGUUUGUCCCACUAUUCAGCCAGCCUACCCUGAAUGAGUCAUCCUGCUCUUCCCUGAUUGGCCGGUUGGGAUCCAUCCCGAGGGAUUGCCAUGCAGAAAGCUGCCGAGGCCUGACUUCAUUCACAGAAACAUUGGUAUGCCCUUCUGCCUUUCCAUUCACAGCAAGCCCAAAUCAUUUGUGUGUGCACGGCUCCCCAGCAUCCUCACAUCCUCUCCUCAGCAUCUCUUCCACAUCUCUGUGACCUCACAGAACAAGGAGCUCUUAUAACGCUUUCUUUGCUUUUGUCUUAGUGGAGAAGACAAACCCUUGCUCGCUCUCUCUCUCUCUCUCUCCUUGUUUCUCUCUCUGUCUUUUCCUCUUUUUUCAGUUUGCAGGCAAGAAAGCGAGACGCUGGGAAGGACUGCAGUGCGUUAGCCGCAGCGCUACAAGAAGCUUGUGAAUGACUGCUGCUUCCCUGUCACGAGCGCUUCUGGACAUUUUACAUGAAUGGCUCUUUUUUUCCUGCCUUAAUAUCGUGGGCUUCAUCCCGUUGGCUCUUUUUUAUUAGGGCUGGGAGAUCUGACAUCACUGUUUACGGUCGUGUCCCUGCUGAAUACGGAUGGCAUUUAAGUGAGAUUGAAUCGUUGAAUGUUGUGUUUAAUUAUACAGCAAAGCUCAUUGAGGAGUAAAGCCUAGCUUGUUUUGUCCUCUCUAGGGGGAGAUAUAUUCGAGUGCUCGUGUGGAUGGAUUUAUGCCGAUUUCGUAGUACGUAAGGAAGAACGUAUGUGACGAACAAAGAUUUAAAUUUGAACACAUUUUUUUAACAAUGGCGAUGCAUUAGCGAGGUAGAACCAACCAGACUGAUGCUUGGGAAAAGGAGAACGCUUUCAAAUAUUUAACAUCAGUUUGGUAGAUUAUUAUUUUACAAUCAAUGGCAGGUCAUACAACACACCUUUUGAGUAGAGCACCUUGCUUCUGAUUGCAUGUGUGGAAAUUUAGAGGGCUCCAAGUUUCAUUGUAUAUGUGAUCCACAAACACGCACUGUACUCAGUCGUGUUUUCUGCAUUAUGUCAGUGGAUUAUGCUGCUGACUGAUUUUGAUUCUAGUUCAUUCUGACUGAGCUCGGAUUUCAUUACAGUGAUCUGUUUAUUGCAUCUUUUCCAUUCUGUUUAUCUGUUUCAACACGGACCGAAUCAAAGCAAGAGGCGUUCCUACAAACAGGGCGAAUUUGAAGAAUUGAUUGGUUCUACUGAGCUGUAAGGUGGGAGUUGUUGUUUUUUUUUUUUGUUAGGGAAAGUGCUCUGCAGUGUUGAGUGAGUCUUUUGUUGAGAAGGGUCUCUCGUUCUCUCUCUCUUUCUCUCCGAGUGAGUCAUGCAUGUUCAGGGAUCUGCCAGGAUGCAGAGGGAGAGAGAGACAUCCCAUCAGUAGAGCUCUUUCUCUCUCUCUCUCUCUCUCUCUCUGUCAUCUCUGGCCCUCUAUCUCUGUAGAGGAGCGACCUCGCGCUGCUUUUCUCUCUGUCUCCAUGGAUUCUGCGUCUUCUGGUUUAUUUUUGGUCCCCAAGCUGCUGCUGCCGCUGCCGCAAGGCGUCGGAUUUUCCUGACGGUCCCCUCGCUUGCUUUCUUCGAACCCUUGAGGGACGCUUUCUCGGCUCCAGCAUGUUGAAGAAGUGGACAGUCAGCUGGGAGUUGGAUGUGUCCGUUCGCGUGUAGGCUGGCACACCGAGGGGAAUGCUUCACCGUGCUAAAUACAACCGAUUCCGGAAUGAGUCAGUGACGUCCGUCGAUGAGCUUCUGCACGGUCUCUCCAUGAACGCCAAGGUCUCGGCCGUCCCGCCGUCGCCGCCCGUGGGCGACCCUCCGUACGCCCCACCAGCCGACGUGUUGCCGCCUGACCCUGUGGAAGAGACUGGCACCUUGUGCACCCUCAUUAACAAAGUCUCCAACCUCAAAUUCGCCAACUCUUCUGGACUCCUAGGCAUCAAGGGCCUGCCGUCCGCCGUCAAGGACCUGGCCGUGUCUAAACUCCAGGGAGGAGCGACAGGAGGCGGAUCCGGCAGCCCAGGAUCAUCCACCCUCCCGGCGGCCUCUGGAGCGCCUCACGCCCCGCUGGAGCCCGGAUCCACAAACUCUGGGAAGAAGGGAAGGAUGGAAGAGUCUCAGCCCGGCGGAGAGAGCUGGGGCCUGGGAGCAUCGGGUGCCGUGGCUUGCGGUGGUCUAGUGAAUAAGCCGUCUCAUGGAUGGCUGCACUCAGCCGAAAAGAUUUCCGGACCUGGAGUGACGUACGUCGUUAAGUAUUUGGGCUGUCUUGAAGUCCUCCGGUCCAUGAGAUCCCUGGACUUCACCACACGAUCACAAAUCACACGGGAGGCGAUCAGUCUGGUGUGUGAAGCCGUCCCUGGUGCCAAAGGAGCUCUGCGCAAAAGAAAGCCUACCUCCAAACUCCUCUCCAGUAUUUUGGGCAAGAGUAACCUGCAGUUUGCUGGGAUGAGCAUUAAUCUCAACAUCUCCACCAGCAGCUUGAACCUGAUGACACCGGACUCCAAACAGAUAAUAGCCAAUCAUCACAUGCAGUCCAUAUCCUUUGCCUCCGGUGGAGAUCCGGACACGACUGAUUACGUCGCUUAUGUGGCGAAAGAUCCCGUUAACCGGAGAGCCUGUCAUAUUCUGGAGUGCUCUGACGGUCUUGCUCAGGACGUGAUCAGUACGAUCGGUCAAGCCUUCGACCUGCGCUUUCAGCUCUAUCUGCAGUGUCCGUCCAGCAAACCCUCGUCCAUGCACGACAGGGUUAUGAGCACAGACGAGCCCCCGUGGACGGAGGAAGGAGAGGAGUCGGCCGAUCAUCACUACUACAACAGCAUUCCCGGAAAGAUGCCGCCACCAGGAGGAUUCAUUGAUGCUAGACUGACCAAUCAGACGCAAGACAGCAGCCAGGCAGCUGGAGUCGACCAGACUUACUACCAGAGCCGCCCCAUGUUCAUCCAACAAGGCUCCUGUGACAUAUACAGCCUCCCUGAGGUCAAAGGUCAAGCCCCUAAACCAGGAGAAGUGGCCACGUAUGUGAACACGCAGCACAUCGACACACAGAUGUUGGCCGCCCUCCAGGCAGAGUCAGAGACGGCGUCCGAGUCGGGCACGAACGGGACAGCUAAAGACAGCCCGAGGAAGGACCUCUUUGACAUGAAGCCGUUUGAGGACGCCAUCAUGACCCGGACUCCAGCAUCAGAGCUGCACAAAGCGGCGUCUGUGGAUAACUCCAGUCCUCUUCUGAUGCGCGCCGCCGCUCUGAGAGCUCAGGAGGAGCUGGAGGACCAGACGUGGUACCACGGAGAGAUGAGCCGCCGACAGGCCGAGAAACUGCUGCUCCGCGACGGAGACUUCCUGGUGCGGAAGAGCAGCACCAACCCGGGCUCAUACGUCCUGACGGGGAUGCACAGCGGCCUGGCCAAACACCUGCUGCUGGUCGAUCCGGAGGGAACGGUCCGGACGAAAGAUCACAUAUUCGAGAGCAUAAGCCACCUGAUUGGCCAUCAUCGUGACAACAACCUGCCGAUCGUUUCGGCGGGAAGCGAACUGUGUUUGAAGCAGCCGGUGGACAGAAAACAGUGACGACAUCUGAAACACACACGCUCAGAUGACUGAAUCUCCGUCGGAGAACACGUGACGCUUGUCCAGCUGCUUGACUGCGCAGAUUUCAGUCUGGAUGAUGCUAAAGCGCUCUCUCCGAAAGCUGAUUUACUGAACUGAGUUAUUUUAUUGCGUUGGCUGAGAAUCUCUAUUUUUGAAGAAGACAGCGGUGGAUUUCGGACAGCCGUUGGAAAGAGUUUAGACGAACUCGGGCCCCCGAGAGGGAUGCGACGAAAACUAGAUAAAGAGUAUUUUAGAAUAAAAAAUGUUUUAGUUUUGUCUAUCAAGCACAAGCGGAUUUUUCGUGUUCGUUGGUAAGAGCUAGAAGGAAAACUACGAAAUGGACCUGUUUUAGGAGUUGGUCCUUCCCUGCAGCCUUCAUUCAUCAUUUGGAGAAGAUGAAGUGAAUGUGUUUGCUUUAGCAGAAGUCACACAUACUGCACGAACACACACACACACACACACACACGGCUUUAAAGUACCUUCAU